AUGCAGGCUGCAGGCUUCAGGGCCUCCCUCGGGGUGACGCGCGUGGCGUCGGCGCGCGUGUCGGCGGCGGACCCUGAGUUCGCGUUCAAGGUCAUCGUCGAGCAGAUCAUCGGCGUCGGCUUCGCGGUGAUCGGAGACAUGUCCUCGCGGCCAAACUUCGGCCUCGACGAGCUCGACUUCGUCCUCGGAACCCUCAUCGUGGGCUCCAUCCUCAACUUCUCCCUCAUGUACCUCCUCGCGCCGGUGGCCGGCGUCGCGAAGAGCAAGUCCGCGCUCGUCCAGUUCGUCACGGGCGACCUCCUGAAGAAGUUCGGCGCGCCGCAGGGCCACAUGUUUGAGCGCGGCGCGUACGGCCUCGCGUCGCGGGCCAACAACUUCGUGUACAAGGCGCUGCAGUUCGGCGUCCUCGGGUUCGUCGCGGGCAUCACGGGCACGGUGAUCACGAACACGCUCAUCACGCUGCGCUCCAAGAUCGACCCCAGCAACGUCCCGGAGGUGGAGAUGCCGCCCGUGAUCCCCAACUCGGGCUGCUGGGCGCUGCACAUGGCCGUGUCGUCCAACCUGCGGUACCAGAUCCUCAACGGCCUCGACAUGGUGCUCCUGGGCGUCCUCCCGCAGAGUGCGUUCCGGAUCUACUCGACCGCCGUUCGGUCGGGGAACAACAUCCUUGGCGGCAUCUCGUUCGCGACGAUUGCGCGCACGCUGGGCGUGCAGAAGUCCGGCGACGCGGACGCCUCCAAGAGCAAAGCGGCUGCGAAGAAGUGA